AUGCGUUGGCUUACAGCCGUGGCCAUCUUGGCCAUGUUUGGGUCGUCUCUUGCUGUGAAGGACGUCCCAAUCAUCAGGGAGGUCAACAACGUCGUGGGGAGCAUUGUGGCUUUGGAAAACUCAAUCCUGGCUCCUCUGGCUCCCUUUGGAAGGAAGCUGCAGUCGUUCAUCCCGGCUGUCCCAAACCCAGACCCGAACGUGAUCAAGGCCAACGCCAUCGGCUCCAUCUUCUAUGUGGCUGGCGGCCUCUACAACCCCGAGCUCUACAAGUCAGCCGUCACCGGUGUGCAGCCUGCAGGCCGCAAGCUGCUGACGAACCUCCCCACCCUCCCUACCACCACCGCCAAGGGCCCCGACGGCUUCCCAGACCCAUAUGGCUUCAUCCCAGCGGCCAACAUGGUGGCGUCUGCACUGAAGGGCAAGUUCCCCCAUCGCAAGCUGUCCUCCGCUAACGAGGGCCUGAGCUCAGAUGCCGCGGCGGUGCACAGCGCCCUGGGCUUCAAUCGCAGGGCAUGA